UAGAGGGAAAAUAGUGUUUUUAUAGGGGGGCAGUAGCCAUGGCUUACUCCUCGUACUCAAGCAUACCCAAAAAACCAUUAAGCUCAAUCCUCAUUCCCUCGCCCAAAAUAAUCUUCAACAAACACCUCCCUUUUGUAACUCCAUCAAUUUUCCCCUAUCUUGGAAGCUAUUGCACUUGGUCAGUGUCGCGUGUUUCACCUUGUGUAGCUGAGACGGAUGAACACCAUCACGCAAGUCCUGGACUUGUUGCUAAAGAAUAUUCUGACCUUAAUCUUCCUGAAAAAUUCUCUGAGGACCGCAAAAUGGGACAGACAAUUAGCAUAGGACAUGAAUCACAGGGCCUUUACCAUCUUACCUCUUCAAAUUCCUUCGCAGCAUGCUCCACUACAGCUCUUCCCGACCUUAUUCACAAACGUUUGGGACAUCCUAGUCUAUCCAAGCUACAAAAGAUGGUGCCUAGUUUGUCUAGUCUAUCCACAUUAGAUUGUGAGUCGUGUCAACUUGAGAAACACAGCCGUGCUACUUUUUCACGUAGUAUUGAGAGUCGCUCAAGGUCUAUUUUCUCAUUAGUUCAUUUCGAUAUUUGGGGUCCUAGUAGAGUUAGUUCACCCUUGGGAUUUCGUUACUUUGUUACUUUCAUCGAUGAUUUUUCAAAAUGUACUUGGGUUUACUUAAUGAAAGAUCGUUCCGAGUUAUUCUCUAUAUUCAAAAGUUUUUGUGCUGAAAUACAAAAUCAAUUUGGUGUUUCUAUUCGUGCUUUUCGUAGUGAUAAUGCCUUAGAAUACUUAUGCUCCCUGUUUCAGGAGUUCAUGACCCAUCAAGGAAUGAUUCACCAAACAUCAUGUCCAUACACUCCUCAACAAAACGGUAUAGCAGAAAGGAAAAAUAGACAUCUCAUUGAGACUGCUCGCACUCUUCUCAUUGAAUCCCAUGUUUCACUGCAUUUUUGGGGCGAUGCGGUCCUCGCAUUUUGCUAUCUCAUUAACAGAAUUCCAUCAUCUUUGAUCCAGAAUAAGGUUCUGCAUUCCAUACUAUUUCCUCAAUCACAUCUCUACUUUAUCCCCCCUCGUGUUUUUAGGAGCACAUGUUUUGUUCAUAACUUAGCCCCGGGAAAAGAUAAAUUAGCCCCUCGUGCUUUCAAAUGUGUCUUCCUUGGUUACUCUCGAGUUCAAAAAGGGUAUCGAUGUUAUUCACCUGAUCUGGGUCGCUACCUUAUGUCCGCUGAUGUCACAUUCUUUGAAUCUCAACCUUUCUAUAUAUCUUCUGAUCAUCUUAAUUUCUUUGAGGUUUUACCCACACCUCCAGUCUUACCCACACUAAUCUUAGAGGAAUCUACGGUUACUUCUCAAUCUCCAGCUACAAUGCCACCACUUUUGACUUAUCCCCGCCGUCCACGUCCAGUUCCAGUUCCAGAUGAUUCAUGUCGUGCGCAUGACGCUUCCCCUACCGCGGACCUGCCUCUUCCUAGUUAAUCAGUUGCACUUCAAAAAGGAAUAAAAUCCACUCGUAAUGCUAACCCACAUUAUACUUUCUUGAGUUAUCAUCAUUUGUCAUCACCCUAUUAUGCUUUUGUAUCAUCUUUGUCCUCUAUUUCUAUUCCUAAGACUACAGGUGAAGCACUUUCCCAUUCAGGAUGGAAACAGACUAUGACUGAUGAGAUGUCUGCUUUACAUACGAGUGGUACUUGGGAGAUUGUUGAGAUUGUUUCCCUUCGGUAAAUCUACUAUUGGUUGUCGUUGGAUUUAUACAGUCAAAGUUGGUCCAGAUAGUCAGGUUGAUCGGCUGAAGGCUCGCCUUGUUGCCAAAGGAUAUACACAGAUAUUUGGGCUUGAUUAUAGUGACACUUUCUCUCCCGUGGCUAACAUAGCAUCUGUCCGUCUUUUUCUCUCUAUGAUUGCUGUUCGUCAUUGGCCUCUUUAUCAGUUGAACAUUAAGAAUGUUUUUCUGCAUGGUGAUCUUGAGGAAGAAGUUUAUAUGGAGCAACCACCUGGUUUUGUUGCUCAGGGGGAGUCUAGUAGCCUUGUAUGUCGAUUCCGCAAGUCACUCUAUAGUUUGAAACAAUCUCCUUGAGCAUGUUUCGGAAAGUUUAACACAGUUAUUUAGGAGUUUGGCAUGAUUUGUAAUGUAGCUGAUCAUUCCGUGUUUUAUUGCUAUUCUGAACCAAAUCUGUGUAUUUAUUUGGUGGUUUAUGUUGACGAUAUUGUUAUCACCGGCAAUGAUCAAGAUGGUAUCACUAAGUUGAAGCAACAUCUCUUUCAGCAUUUCCAGACUAAAAACCUUGGCAGAUUGAAAUACUUUCUAGGUAUUGAGGUUGCUCAGUCCAACUCAGGUAUUGUUAUUUCUUAACGCAAGUAUGCUUUAGACAUUCUUGAGAAAACAGGAAUGAUGGGAUGUCAAUCCAUUGACACUCCUAUGGAUCCAAAUGCUAAACUUCUGCCAGAUCCUGAAAGGUAUAGGCGGUUGGUUGGAAAGUUGAAUUAUCUCACAGUAACUAGACCUGCCAUCUCUUUUCCUGGGAGUGUUGUAAGUCAGUUUAUGCCUUCCCCUGUAAUAGUUAUUGGGAUGCAGUUGUUCGGAUUUUGUGAUAUAUAAAGUCAUCUCCAGGUAAAGGACUACUCUUCGAGGAUCGAGGCUAUGAGCAUAUCAUUGGAUAUACAAAUGCUGAUUGGGCAGGAUCACCCUCUGAUAGAUGUUCUACAUCUGGAUAUUGUGUUUUAGUAGGAGAUAAUUUGGUGUUCUGGAAGAGUAAGAAACAAAGUGUGGUUGCUCGAUCAAAUGCCGAAGCAGAAUAUCGAGCAAUGGCUGCAGCAACUUGCGAGUUGGUUUGGAUCAAGCAAUUGCUGAGAGAAUUAAAAUUUGGAGAAACUGGUAAGAUGGAACUUGUAUGUGGUAAUCAGGCAGCCUUUCAUAUUGCAUCUAAUCCAGUGUUCCAUGAGAGGACCAAACACAUAGAGAUUGAUUGUCACUUUGUCAGAGAAAAGAUACUCUCGGGAGAUAUUGUUACAAAAUUUGUGAAGUCGAGUGAUCAACUUGCAGAUAUCUUCACCAAGUCACUCACCAGUCCUCGUAUUAAUUACAUUUGUAACAAGCUUGGUACAUAUGACUUGUAUGCACCAGCUUGAGGGGGGAGUGUUAGAAUAUGAAUAGGAAUAUCAUAUUGAAUUCUACUUAGAAAGGGAUUGUAAUGUAGUGUCCUAUUAGGAAUAGGAUUGGAAUAUAGUGUCUAUAAAUAGGGUCUCAAUGUAAUAAUUUAGACAACAAUUCAAUAAUAUUUUCUCUCAUAUUUUUCACACAUCUCAAUUAUGAAAGUUGAUCAAAAUGAAAGCAAAUACAAUCAAUAUAAAGCUACAGCUGAAGCUGAUCCUAACCGACUGACAUCUGUACUUCACCAACUCUAAUUCUAACUAACUAGAGCUGUUAACUACCAAAACAGAGAAACAGACAAGAUAAUUAAUUUCCUAACUAACUAAAUAUCCAUAGAUACCAUGUCAGUUAUCAUUUUUAACAUGUUACUAAUUGAUGCUUGUCGUAGAAAUUUAUUUGUAAUUACAUUAUAAUUGACCUGAUUGUGUAAACAUAUUUUAUAAAGUGGGUGUGUGAAACAUAAACUCUUCAUUAUUUGUACUCCCGUCACAUAAUUUUUUCCUAAAGUUCUGUUAAAUUGAGCUGGCUGUUGUCAUUUUUUUGAUACCAUUGUCACAUAAUUACUGCCAAAAGGUGGUUAAGUUGAGCACUUGACGAAGUCAUUUAUUUGGAUCAAAUUUCAUAAUUUAAUGACAAGAAGGUAAAAAUGUUGGUUUGACAAAAUUGUAUACCUAAAUAAUAUUUGUUGCAAUAUGUGUGUAUUCUU